GUGAUGACAGACGGGGGUCACAGCAAAGGCUUUGGGUUUGUGUGCUUCUCGUCUCCGGAGGAAGCGACGAAGGCCGUGACGGAGAUGAACGGCCGCAUCGUCUGCACCAAACCUCUGUAUGUAGCUCUGGCCCAGCGCAAGGAGGAACGCAAAGCCCACCUCACCACCCAGUACAUGCAGCGGCUGGCAAACCUGCGGGCGAUGCCCAGCCCCCUGGUCGGCUCCUACCAGCAUCUGACACACUCCGGCUACUUCUUACCAGCAGUGCCACAGGCUCCGAGCCGGUCAGCGUAUUACACCACAGCCCCCCUCACCCCCGUCCGGCCCGCUCAGCGCUGGGCAGGGCAGCCCGUCAGACCCCCAG